CCCGCCUAUUAUCUCACUAUGUGGGAUUUGAUUGGUUCACAUUACCGUCAGCCACGCCUCUCUCACUAGCGACGUCCUACGGGCGCAGUUGGAACUCCGGCAAGUAGUGGUGAUGUUGUGGUUAUCCAUGCCGCCGACACAUUCUCCGAUCGUUCUCUUGUACGGAAGGCCACCUGUUGCGACAGCUCCCCACGCAUGGAGUUAAGCUCGGACCGUGCGGUGGCAAGGCUGGAGAUGUCGCAGAUCCAGAACGAAGACGGGGAGCCUUUUAAUGAAAACAGCGACCGGGACUACGAGAGCUUGCCGCCUCAUGUCUCCGUGACGACCCACAUGACAGCCGGAGCCGUGGCAGGCAUACUGGAGCACACGGUGAUGUACCCCGUGGACUCUGUCAAGACACGGAUGCAGAGCCUGCAGCCGGACCCCAACGCACAAUACAAGAGCGUGUAUGAAGCCCUGAAACGGAUCAUCAAGACGGAGGGGAUCUUCAGACCCCUGAGGGGCCUCAACAUCACCAUGAUGGGAGCGGGGCCCGCGCAUGCGCUCUACUUUGCCUGCUACGAGCGCGUCAAGCACUCUCUGAGCCACAUCAUUCAGAGAGGAGGCAACAGCCACAUAGCCAACGGCGUGGCAGGGAGUGUGGCCACUGUUCUGCACGACGCCGUCAUGAACCCAGCUGAAGUGGUAAAGCAGAGGAUGCAAAUGUACAACUCUCCCUACCGAGGACUUUGGGACUGUGUUCGGACAGUGACGCACGCCGAAGGCGUCGGAGCCUUCUACCGCAGCUACAGCACCCAGCUGACCAUGAACAUCCCCUUCCAGGCGGUUCACUUCAUCACCUACGAACUGAUGCAGGAGCAGCUGAACCCUCACAGGCAUUACAACCCGAGCAGCCACAUAGUGUCGGGGGCGGCGGCGGGGGCGGUUUCGGCCGCCGUGACCACUCCGCUGGACGUUUGCAAAACGCUGCUCAACACGCAGGAGAACGUGGCGCUGAGCUCGGUGAACAUCAGCGGCCACCUGUCAGGAAUGGCCAACGCUUUCAGGACGGUGUACAGACUGGGAGGUCUGGCAGCCUUCUUCAAGGGCAUCCAAGCUCGGGUCAUAUACCAGAUGCCCUCUACUGCCAUCGCCUGGUCGGUGUACGAGUUCUUCAAGUACUUCCUGACGAAGCAGAAGCUAGAACAAGAGGCGGCAUCCGGGCAGCUGUGAUGUCCGCCUCUCCGUGACUCAUGAAACACUCCCAAGACCAAAGGACGUGAGAGUCGGCGAGGAGGAAAAUGGCACCAAGCCACCAGGUGGCAGUGUGGCAUUUUGAUUCCGCUCGUCAUUGUCAUCUCAUUACCUGGGUUUGUGUUUUUUUUUGUUUUUUUUUUAGCUACAGCGAUGGCUGCACAACCACUCUAUGCAAAAAGGAACAUUUAUCUCAAAUAGACAAAUAGUGUCAUAUUUAACUUGCACUGUUUUGCUCCACUACCAAGUCAGUCGCAGCUCAGUUCCCUGGCGUCUCCAUGUGGUGAGCACAUGAUGAAGUUGUCUGAAACUAAGUUUAUUUGUCUGAAAUAUUGGAACUUUGUAUUUAUUUGGUUAGCUUCCUCUAGCUCGUAGUUUAUAGCUGCGGAGGAAAGCGCAGUGCUGUUUGUUUUGUUAUGUGUUCAUAAAAACCUUUUUUUUUUUUCGACAUUCUUUAAUCCCAGCACUCUGCGGGAGAGACAGCGACAUUAUACAAGUGCCUAACUAAUAUCAAACACUGCUCCACCCAUUUUUUUUCUUGUACUAACAUAUAGGAAUACUUGAUUUGUUCUAGGCCCAAGAUGCAUUUAAACACGCACACGUCUUCCUCUGUUUCAAGGCAUGUGGGCCACAGCAAACCGAUUACAGGUGAAUCUCAGUAAAGCAGAAUAUUGUAACAGAAAUGGAUUUUAUUGCAGAAAUGCAGUUCAAAAUUUAAAUCUCAUGUUUUAUAGAUUAUUUACAAGCAAAGUGAUAUGUCGGACUGAUUUAAUUUGCUCAUUUUGAUGCUUUACGGCAUGGAGCUAACGGAAAACCCAAAACAAAAUUUUGCAGGAAAUUCAAAUUUUACAUAAGACCAAUAAAAAGCAUUACUAAUACAGCAAUGUCAGUCUAAGAGAAGUAUAUCCAUGUAGUGUACAGUGCAUGCAGACAGCGCUCUAUAGGAGCUCCUUACUGCUUCGGUGCAACGUAGCAUGAAGGUGGUCUGCUGAAGUGUUGAAGUAGCCCGGGUUACAUUCCUGCCUUCAGCUCAUCUGCAUUGUUGGGUCUGUGAGGCCAAGAUGUGCUGGAUUUAUUGGCUCCAGGUCCACAACUAGUCAAUCGCCUCUUAACAUGUAUGAAUGGAUUUUGCUUCACAAUCCUAUUAAGACUGCACUAUCUCUGCUGCUUGGGCACUCCCACAUUUUUUCCUUCUACUUAUCUUUCCGUUGGCUACUCACAGACAUUGGCUCUGUGAGUAGCCAAUGUCUUUGGCAAUUUUUUUAUGGAUUCCCCUCCUUGUGCCGGUUUCAGAACAACUGUGAACUCAGCGGUCUCUCCAUGGUUUUGUGGGCUGUAGCUUUGUCACACUAUAACAGUUUUGCAUUAAAGUCAUUUGAUUUUUUUACUGUUAUGGAAUAGUCUAACUUUCUGAUUUGCUGAAUGUUGAGUUUUCCUUAGCUACAAGCCUAAAUCACUUAAAUUAAUCAAGUUAGGUUUUUUAAAACUGCUUUGUGUAAAAUAACAAAAAGAAAAGAGUCAUAUUUGACGAUCAAAUUAGCUGAUAUCUACCUGUAUUUGCCCUGUAAAAAGCUUAAUGCCACAACACUCCUGAGUCACGCACAACAGAAUCUUAGCCGUUGCAGAACAUCGGCAGCUUGUUUGUAUGAAUUCAGAGGAUAUAUUUAUAUAGAGAAAUCGUCUAUUCCUGAGAAACCUCUGUGGAUCAGAUCCGACUGUUGCCUUGGAAGACAGCAGCAGUGAUUGGCUUUUGUGAGACUUGUUUUGUCGUAGCAACCUUAAAGGCUUUAGAUUUUCUGAAUCAUCCAAAAAUAUUUCUUGUGUUCUCCUUAUGCAGAUUAUGUGAUUAAAAUGUAAGCUUGUAAAUGAAGUUUUUUAAACUAAGCAAUACUGCUGCACUGGCUGAUCCUCGUGGGGUCAGUAAAAAACAACAACAAAAAACUGAUCCGAUCAAAUCGUUUUAUUUUCUCCCAUCCUGUUGAAGUUACUCAUUUCCUGUGUGCUCUAUGCUUUUUUUUCCCCAGCCUAUUUUCUAGUUUUUGAUUCAACUUUUAGGAUAUUUAGCCAGAUUGAUGUAAAUCACAGAGCGCUGUGAUUUAUUUGUUUAUGAUUACCGAGAGGGUUUUUUUUUUUUUUUUUUUUUUUUUUUUUUUUGAAGACGUUUGUCAGAUUCCAGUGUUCCCCCAAACUCCACGAAUCGCUCUGGCUUGUGUGUUCAGGCAGACAUAACCAAACCAAAGAUGUGUCGCUUUGCAUUCUGCUUUUAAUCUGCUGUGAACACUAAUUCCAUCUCUAGUGUUAAGUUUGUAAGGAAAACUUAAAUUUUUGUUUUUUUGCAGCUUCUGUUUUAUAGAUUGAGAUUUUCUACAAGUUUCACUUUUCUCAGUGUUUUUUUUAUGUUUUUACUUAGUUUUUAGUUUGCCUCAGACGAUCAGAUUUCAAACCAAGUUUUUUAGCUACUUGUCUUAACCUGGUUGAGGUGGUCUAGAGUAUGUAACCUUCUUGUGUUGCUUUCAGUGCAAUAUGACUUCACAGAAACGCAAUAGAUUUUGUUACCUACAGCAUAAAUGCAACUUUGUUUUUGAUUAUAUUUGUUUUAUUGUAGUAAAAUCAGACCAUAUCUCAGAUCACCGACGAAACAUUUCUUCUCUUAUAUCAAAAUACAUUUGCAUUUGAAAUGCAUGCACUCAUCGUUCAGAGUGACAAGAAAGGCUUUGAGACUAUGAUCACUGCUAAAUUAAGAGGAAACGUUUGUAUUCUUUGGAGGGAAGAGUUUCACGAUGUAAGUAUGUGUAUAGUAUUUAUGUAGAGCUGAGUAAAGUGGGAGAUGGUCUGACUUUUGCCGAGUUCCAUCUCCGGAUCUGGAAGGCUUGGAGUUUUGACAAUGCAAACAAAACAUGAUUGUGAAAAUGCUGCUACAGUUUGUAACACUGGAGCUGAAAUAAACACGGAGAUGAGGAA